GCAGCAAGUUGUCAUUGACCGAAUGGACGGUAACAAGCAGCAUGUCUGUCAUCGGUAUCUCGCCGACGGAUAUCAUCACUGUCGUCAAAGCUUUCAAGGACGCAGCAACUGCACUCACACCAGGUCCGGAUGGCGCAAGGCAGCAAUUUCACGAUGCACAGGCUGCACUCUCCUCCCUCGAGCUGAUGGUUGCUGGCUUGAAGGGUUCUAUACCUCCCGCAAGUUCAGCAGCCACGGUUUACAACGAUCUCCUCGAGCGCGAACGCCGUUUUCAGGUAUCUCUGGAGCCAUAUGGCAAGCGGCUGGGACCAAAAUGCGGAACGAAGUCUUGGAUAGCGAUAAAGCGAAAGCUGCAGUAUGCUUUCAGUGGAGCUCAGAAAGUGCAAGAGCAUAUCAUCAGCACAAAGCCUGGGGUAGAUGCUGCACUUUUUCACACCCUAGGGGCCCAGAAUGACCUGGCCAUCAAGCACCACGAACAGACAGUCCAAACCAUGCGCCAAAGUACCACGAGUGUGACUGACAAGAUCGAUGCAUUGGGUCCGGAUAUGAUGUCCCGGCUAUCUCAGGUCAUCAGCCCUUUUCCCCCGCAGCACUCUGAUAUUAUCAAGGGAGCGAUCGCAUCCCACCUGGAAGAUGUCAAGCUUGAUCUCUCUCAGAUCAAGCAGGCGUUGCUCCCUAGCAGCGGCCGGGACAGUAUCAUGGAGACCGACACCUCCCAAUUUCCUACAGAUGCUCAGUCGGCAUCGGGGUACGAAGAAGCCACCCAAAAUAUGGGAUCAGAGGCUUAUGCCACGAAACAGAGACCUUGCCAACACUUGAGGUCGCCUAGCAGGAGCCGAGACCAGCACGCCCUUCCUAGAAGGCUCGAAAGUUCUGCGUCCACGAAUGCUUCUAGACUAAUGCUGUGCUUGUUUAGUGUGUCUGCUGCAGCGCUUUAUCAAAACCCUGCAACAAGAAAAGCACUUGUGUGCUGUCUUCAUGCUUACCAUCACGAUCCAAUGUCCUUGACGUUGCUCCUCUUGACCAUCAUGUCAUUUGCCAAUUGCUUUAUCUCACUGCCAUAUCAAGUGUCUUUGUUGACAGACGAAUCCAUAUUGUUGACCACCGCGCUCGGGGAGCCACUGAAGGUACCAAGACAUUACUGGGAAUCUUUUGACAUCUUCCACGCCUUCCUUAGGACCCACUUUGAGACCAGGCCAGGCAAGACGUACGUCAGAGCCAGGAGGUACAGGAUCCUGUUAGGCGGAAAUACUGGCCAGGUCUUAGAGAUUGCGAAAUGGCAGCAGGUGGUUUCGGCGCGCAUGAAGCUCGUCAUGGCUAUGCUAUUGGAAAGCAUGGACGACGAUUGUCCAAAGUGUCAGCAUCCGCUCGAGCGUCGUAGCGCUUCUCUGAGCUACUGCGCCGAUUGUGACAAUUGGUACCAGGCCAUUGACAUGACUCAGGACAAGGGCGGAUUCCAUGAUUCGGACUCGGGAUCCCUCGAUGACACAUCAGGCUCAUCACAUCCCUUGUCACCAAGUCAGUCUCUCGAGCACCUGUUCUUCCGAUUUGGACCUCAUCCGGAUGAGCUUCGAUAUUUCGUGCACAUGCUGCUCGCGAAAGAUACUGAGCCUGCUUGGGGUCAAUUCGAUGACAAAAUGACCAUGGAGGAAGCUGAGCUUGGAGAUGUCCUUCUCGACACUCAGAAAGGACUGACUUGCAACCGAAUAUGGUCAGUGAAAUCUGUAUUUGGCCGUCCAAACUUCGCUAAACCUCGUUUCAGGGACCGUCUUCGAUCAAUGGAGAAGUUCCUUAAUGGCGAAAUCGAUAUCGACAACCUCUGUACCGAGCUACGUGCAGUAGCGAGGUGUUCUCAAGGCGGUGCGGUCGUGCACAAAGAUGAUGUCGACAGGAUAUUGGCUUCCGCUUAGGCAAGGCCGAAGCAUCUGUGAUUGUGGUGUAGUGCUUGCAACGACUAUGAUGACAAGUGCGUUUACUCUGAAUGGCUGCACAAACUACGGCUGAAUGAUCAACACUCACAUGCUAUCUAGGGGCUAUGCCCGUAGGAGAAUGUGCAUCCAUGGCCCCGAAAGCUAUUGAAAUCGUAGCCAAUGGAAAUGAUACAAUGGUGGAAAGACGUACAAGGCCGGGCUCACGGUUACCAAACCAAUGCCUAUGACACUACUCCUACUUAGUGUGGUACUGUACUUAGG